AUGCGACUGAGGGAUAGGUCUUUUGCAACCAGCAGGCCCCUGCUUGUACAACCGAAGUCCACCACUAGCUCAGCCAGCCGUCGAUCGGCAAUUCAAAGCCCACAUCCUGAUCCAUCUUCUUAUGGACAGCGUCUGGCGCAGGCAAUGAAUGGAACAAUCCUAUACGAAUCGGUGUCUUCAAAGAUGUUUCUGUUCUCCAGCUACCUAGCGGCCUAUUCCACCAUGACUGCUGCUGGCCUCAAUAUCUACUUCAACGUCUAUCAUCCACCAGCUGGGGUUGGCGAAUGGGUUCCCUACGCCUUUGGAGCCGUCGGUAUGAUUCUUGGCGGUUUUGCCAUGUCUUUCGCACUCAGGCCUGCCAAUAUCGUCCGCUCAAUCAAAGUGCUUCCUAAUGCUGCUACUACUGUUCCUGGAGCAAAGCCAGUGGCACCUACCCUUUCGUCAAAGAUCUUGAUCGAGGUUCAAGCCCGGGGUUCACUCCCGAUACCGGGACUGCCGCUGAAGAAGAUGAUUGUUGAGCCGCAUAACAUUAUCUUGCAUUGUCGCAUGUACAAUCCCAAGGUUGAGCCUACAAUGAAACAAAAGUUCCUCAACCGUAAGGAGGAGGAGAAGCGCUUAAUGGAGCGGCGCGAGUAUGACAAGAAUCACCUAAUGACGGUACCAUUCCGGGAUGGAAAGCGGGCCGCCUCGACAAUUUUUACUAGCAUACGUCGAGGCUUGACUGGGGAAGGAUUCGCCCCGAUCAUCAUUCUUGGCACCAAGUACAAGUUGGACAUUUCGAACGCGUAUGCCUUGGAAGAUGGCCGAGCUUUAGACAGGCUCGCGCGGCUUGAAGAGGACCCGAAAGUUGCUUUGUGGCGUUCGAUGAGAGAGAGUUGA